AUGAGCUCCCCGAAUAGAAGGAAAAGAGAGCCUUCUGCAGUAUCUGCUCAUCUAAGAGGGAGAACUAUCAUUCACAUAGACUUAGACUGCUUCUAUGUCAUGGUCGAGCACAUUCGCCUCAAUAUACCCAAAGAUCGACCUCUUUGCGUUCUCCAGUGGAAUGGACUCAUCGCUGUCAACUAUGCUGCUCGUGCUGCUGGUAUCAGGCGCCAUUCAUCUCCCGCUGAAGCCAAAGAACUCUGCCCAGAAGUCGAAUUCGUACAUGUUGCAACAUACGCCACUGGCGAAACAGUGGCUAGAUAUCACGACUCUCCAGAUCCAAAGACCCAUAAGGUCUCCCUUGACGUCUACAGGGCAGCGUCAAAGAACGUCUUCAAUAUCUUCAAACGAUACGCUGCAAUGUAUGAUGCAAAGUUGGAACGGGCGUCUAUUGAUGAAGCCUACUUUGACGUAUCAGACGAAGUCAAUAAACGUAUUCUGGAUCAAGAAUGGAGGGACGUAGAUGUAGAAAGAGGGCCACUUGUGAAAUGGGAUGGAGCUGGAUUUCUAUAUGGUGUUGAUCCACAACCAGAAUCAAGAGGUUGGCAAGACGUACAACUAGCACUUGCAGCAGAUGUCGCUCUAGAGAUUAGAACCGCAGUCACUACAGAACUAGGAUACACCCUGAGUGCUGGUAUUGCUCAGAACAAGACACUUGCCAAACUAUGCUCGUCGCAAAACAAACCAAAUAAGCAAACUGUGAUGAGACCGUCUGAAGUUGAAGCAUUCAUGAAGGACAUGCCAUUCAACAAGAUACGAGGUCUUGGUGGGAAGCUUGGAGAAGUAAUUGAGUCAGAGUUUGAGAAUGUGGAGACUGCUGGUGAAUUAUGGAAAUAUUCGGAAGUUGAACUGAAACAAAAGCUAGGCGAUGAUAUUGGAGUCUGGUUGUAUGAUAUUUGUCGUGGUACAUGUCAUGUUUCGGUCAACCCACGUACAGAACAAAAGGGAAUGCAGGCAUGUAAGUCGUUACGGCCACCUGUGAGAAAUGACGACAAGCUCAGGGAUUGGGUCGGGGUGCUAGCUGCUGAAUUGUGGCCCAAGACGUUCACCUUGAAUAUUUCUACGGGUGCUCAAAAAUCGAGGUCGAAAUCAUGUCCCUUCCCCAUUCGACAUAUAGUGAACUCGCCAGAUGUCUUGCUGGAAAAAGCAAUGGAUUUGCUAAAAUCAGACCACAAGUUUCCGUGUUUUAGGAUAGCAAUUGGUGCACAAGGCUUGAUCAAGGAAGAGACCGACAAUCGAGCAAUCACAAACUUCUUCAAACCCCAAACGAGUGUCGAAGAGGACGAAGAAAUGAAGACCACUGACGAAAAACGAGAUCCUACAGUAACCAAAUGUGACAAGUGCAACAAAUUGAUUCCAAUCGUUGAUGUUGAAGAACACAAUGAUUGGCACUUUGCGAUGUCGAUCCAUUCAACGGAAAGGUCAUCAUCUAUCACCACGAAUCAAAUGAAAUCUGCUAGUAAGAGAACAGCUACACAAUCCGGUGGAUCGUCUUCGUCAUCUGCGAGCAAGAAAAAGAAGAAUUCCAAGAUUGUCUCAUCAGAGACCAACAACAAGAUUAAGAAAUAUCUUGGAUAUCAACAUGUUUCGCAAGUCCUAGGCUGCGACAUGAAGUUUACUGUCUUUCUGCCAUUGUCUACAUCAACAUCAAAGUGUCCUGCAGUGUACUUCUUGUCGGGCUUGACUUGUACCGAUGAGAACUUUCCCACCAAAUCUACAGCCUUUGGAGUUGCCAGUGACCACCAAAUUGCAUUAAUCAGUCCAGACACGUCACCGCGUGGUGUGCCUAUACCUGGAGAUUCUGAGACUUGGUCUUUUGGUGUUUCUGCUGGAUUUUAUCUUGAUGCUACCAAAGAACCAUGGUCAAAGAAUUACAAAAUGUACUCGUAUAUUGUUGACGAGCUGUACAAGCUUGUGCUGCAGGAACUACCUAUUGACGCAGACAAGAUUUCAAUUAUGGGACACUCUAUGGGCGGACACGGUGCUUUGACAAUCGGUUUGAAGAACCCAGACAAAUUCAAGUCAAUCAGUGCCUUUUCACCAGUAUCAAAUCCAACAAAGACGCCUUGGGGUAUCCAUGCAUUCAAGAACUAUCUUGGCGAAGAAGAUCAAGCAGCAUGGAAGGAAUACGAUUCAUGUGAAGUAGUAGCAAAGUACUCUGGUCCAUUGAGAAACAUACUUAUUGAUCAAGGGACGGAAGACUCGUUUUUGGAAAAGGAAUUGAAGCCUGAGAACUUUGCCAAGGCUUGUGAAGGGAAUAAGAAUGUGAAUGUUGAUAUGAGGAUGCAGGAAGGAUACGAUCAUUCGUACUGGUUUAUUCAAACUUUUAUAGAAGAGCAUCUGGACUUUCAUAUUGUAAAUCUGACUAUGUAA